UAUGAAUAUAAGCAAGAGUGAGAUAGCAAAAGAAACUUCAUUAAAACCAUCUCGGAGAUCCCUGCCUUGCCUGGCCCAGAACUAUGCUUACUCAAAGAACUUGAGCCAAUCUACCUCACUCUUCCAGUCAACUGAGAGUGAAUCUCAGGCUCCCACUUCUGUAACCUCAAUCUCUGCUGACAAAGCAGAGCAAGUUAACACUGAGGAAGGCAGAAAAGACUCUGUGCUCAGAUGUUCUUUUGCUGACCUCAGCGACUUUUGCUUGGCCCUAGGAAAAGAUAAGGAUUACACGGAUGAAUCAGAACAUGCUAAUUAUGACCGAUCUCGCCUCAUUAAAGACUUUGUCCCCCCAAAUAAUUCUGAACCCAAGCCCAGAUUGCCUAAGAAUGACAUGAAUUACAUAGCAUCCAGUGGACUUCUAUUCAAAGAUGGCAAAAAGCGGAUUGAUUACAUCCUGGUUUAUAGAAAGUCAAAUAUACAGUAUGACAAAAGAAACACAUUUGAAAAGAACCUCAGAGCAGAAGGCUUGAUGUUAGAAAAGGAGCCAGCUGUUGCAAACCCUGAUAUCAUGUUUAUUAAAAUUCAUAUUCCAUGGGACACGCUGUGCAAGUAUGCAGAGAGGCUGAAUAUCAGGAUGCCCUUCAGGAAAAAAUCCUAUUACACUGACCAGAGGAGCAAAUCAAUGGGCAGGGUGCAAAAAUAUUUUAGAAGAAUCAAAAAAUGGAUGUCCCAAAACCCCAUGGUUCUUGACAAGUCAGCUUUCCCAGACCUGGAGGAGUCAGACUGCUAUACUGGCCCCUUCAGCCGUGCACGAAUUCACCACUUCAUAAUAAACAAUAAGGACACCUUCUUUAGCAAUGCUACUCGAAGCAGGAUAGUCUAUCACAUGCUGCAGCACACCAAAUAUGAAAAUGGAAUAUCAAAAGUGGGUAUCUGUAAACUUAUAAACAAUGGCUCAUAUAUAGCAGCUUUUCCCCCACAUGAGGGAGCCUACAAGAGUAACCAGCCCAUCAAAACCCAUGGACCUCAAAAUAACAGACAUCUAUUAUAUGAGCGCUGGGCACGCUGGGGAAUGUGGUACAAGCAUCAGCCCCUGGAUUUAAUCAGGCUAUACUUUGGUGAGAAGAUUGGGCUAUACUUUGCUUGGCUGGGGUGGUAUACUGGAAUGCUGAUUCCUGCAGCUAUUGUUGGCUUGUGUGUUUUCUUCUAUGGAAUAUUAACAAUGAAUGCAAGUCAAGUAAGCCAAGAAAUUUGCAAGGCCACUGAAGUCUUCAUGUGCCCUCUCUGUGACAAGAACUGCUCACUGCAGAGACUCAAUGAAAGCUGCAUUUAUGCCAAGGUAACAUAUCUGUUUGAUAAUGGAGGGACAGUCUUCUUUGCUAUUUUUAUGGCAAUAUGGGCCACAGUCUUCCUGGAGUUUUGGAAAAGGAGAAGAAGUACACUGACCUAUACUUGGGACCUUAUUGAAUGGGAAGAAGAGGAGGAAACACUUCGUCCCCAGUUUGAAGCAAAGUAUUAUAAGAUGGAGAGAGUCAAUCCCAUCAGUGGAAAACCUGAGCCGCAUCAGCCUUCCUCAGACAAAGUCACUCGGCUUCUUGUUUCUAUCUCAGGAAUAUUCUUCAUGAUUUCUCUGGUGAUCACUGCAGUGUUUGCAGUCGUGGUGUAUCGCCUGAUUGUCAUGGAACAGUUUGCAUCAUUCAAGUGGAAUUUCAUCAAACAACACUGGCAGUUUGCAACUUCUGCUGCUGCAGUCUGUAUCAAUUUUGUGAUUAUUAUGGCACUGAAUCUUGCUUAUGAAAAAAUUGCUUACCUUCUCACUAAUUUAGAAUAUCCUCGAACAGAAUCUGAAUGGGAAAACAGCUUUGCUCUGAAGAUGUUCCUCUUCCAGUUUGUCAAUUUAAACAGUUCUAUCUUCUAUAUUGCUUUCUUUCUGGGGAGAUUUGUAGGCCAUCCAGGAAAGUACAAUAAACUUUUCAACCGAUGGAGACUGGAGGAAUGUCAUCCUAGUGGCUGUUUAAUAGACCUUUGCCUCCAGAUGGGAGUUAUCAUGUUUUUGAAGCAAAUAUGGAACAAUUUCAUGGAACUGGGAUACCCGUUGAUCCAGAACUGGUGGUCACGACAUAAAAUCAAGCGGGGAAUACAAGAUGCUUCCAUACCUCAGUGGGAAAAUGAUUGGAAUCUACAGCCCAUGAAUAUUCACGGACUGAUGGAUGAGUACUUAGAAAUGGUUUUGCAGUUUGGUUUUACCACCAUCUUUGUUGCGGCUUUUCCUCUGGCCCCUCUUUUGGCUUUGUUAAACAAUAUCAUUGAAAUCAGGCUGGAUGCGUACAAAUUUGUCACCCAGUGGCGGAGGCCUUUGCCAGCCAGAGCAACCGACAUAGGUAUCUGGUAUGGAAUUCUUGAAGGAAUUGGUAUAUUGGCUGUGAUUACCAAUGCGUUUGUAAUUGCUAUUACAUCUGAUUACAUCCCACGUUUUGUCUAUGAAUACAAAUAUGGCCCCUGUGCAAGUCAGUUUGAAUAUAGUGAAAGUUGUUUAACAGGAUAUGUCAACAAUAGCCUAUCCUUCUUUGACCUGAGUGAGCUUGGCAUGGGAAAAUCUGGUUAUUGCAGGUACCGAGACUACAGAGGUCCUCCUUGGAGUUCCAAACCCUAUGAAUUUACCCUACAAUACUGGCAUAUCCUCGCUGCUAGAUUGGCCUUCAUUAUUGUGUUUGAGCACCUUGUUUUUGGAAUCAAGUCAUUCAUCGCCUACCUGAUUCCAGAUGUACCAAAGAAUCUAUAUGACCGAAUACGACGGGAGAAGUACUUAGUCCAAGAAAUGAUGUAUGAGGCUGAACUAGAACAUUUGCAACAACAACGGAGAAAAAGUGGUCACCCUGUUCACCAUGAAUGGCCUUAGUUGGUACCUGUUGCCCAGCAGGGGCAAUACCAUUAGUGGGCAUGAUGGCAACUUCAAUUUCUAGGUGGGAUCUAGGAGGAAGGCAUACCUGGCAAAACAUAUGUAUAAUAUGUUACUUGGAAAUGCAUCACAGCCAUCUCUGGGAUUUGAAAUAUCCAGGCUUCUAGGGAAGAAAACAAAUGACUCAUGACCUUAAAAAAAAUGGUUAAAUUGACAUUGCAGGAAGCCAGGAU